AAAGCUAAUAGGUACAGAGUUAAAUGAUUUAAACUAUGCUCUAAAAACAGUUCUAAAACCCUAAAUCAGAACCCUACACUUGCAAUUCCAUCAAAUUUUCUCAAAAAGUGUUGAAGUAGAAAGGAAGAAAAUGGCGUUCAGAUCAAGAGAAAUGAUGAAGAAAUUAGUGAAGAAUAUAGGCGGGGAGAAGAAUUUAGCAUCUGGAGUUAAACAACAGCUUCAAAAAUGCGUACCAAAUACUAAAGUCGUAAUGGGUCGUGCUCAACGUGGUCUUUUUGCUGGUCGUCACAUUCAAUUUGGUAAUCGUGUUAGUGAAAAGGGUGGAAAUACGUCAAGGAGGAAUUGGAAGCCUAAUGUGCAAGAGAAACGGCUUUUCAGCUAUAUCCUAGAUCGUCAUAUUAGGGUGAAGGUUACAACUCAUGCCCUGCGUUGUAUCGACAAGGCAGGUGGUAUUGAUGAGUACCUGCUGAAGACACCUUACCACGAGAUGGACACUGAAUUAGGCGUCUUCUGGAAAGCUAAGAUUGAGAAGUUGUACGAGGAGCUCGGGAAAAUGGAGGUAGUUUUCUUUACACCCGAGGAUGAAUCAAAACUUGAAGAACAAUUUAGGGAAGUAAAGUUGGAAGAACGAGCAGCCCGUAGAGAAUUCAGAAGGAAGAUGUAUGGUUGGUCACCCAAAUCCGAGCUAAAAGCAGAUUCUGAAGGAACUGAUGGAGAAGGAAGCUUACCAACCGACUUCCAUGAAGGGAUGGUUGCCAAUGCUUGAAAGCAUUCGUGUGACAAAAUGUUGUUGGUUUCCGAGGUGCUUCUCACAUUGAAGGCCUUCUUUUGUUUGUCCUAGAAUGUUUUUGUAUUCCUGACAUUUGGUGUCUUAAGAGUACCAUGAAUUUUGCCUUGCAUCUGGUUUAGUGUAAAACUUUUCUGCCUUGAUAGCCAGCCUAGUAAAGGUGCUGUUUGGAUAUAAUAAUGAGAAAUGCUACAGCUAUUACAAUACUA